AUGACACAGAGAUUGGGAAAGUGGUUAAUAAUGAAGAUGAGGGUCACUCAUUCAGAGCAAUCUGAAUCACUUGCGUCUCUGUUGUGGUCUACAGUUCGAAGCGAGCGAUCUCAAAGCACUUCACUACAGCAAGGAAUUAUUGCCAAAACAUCAUUGUCCUCACCCCCAUGGCCUGAAGUCAAACUGCCAGAUCCAAUAGAAGAGGCAAAGUUCCAUGCAGAGGUCGUGCAAAAAGUGAAUGAGAUGAUUGCCACUGGGCAGUAUGGAAGGCUCUUUGCUGUGGUUCACUUUGCCAGUAAGCAGUGGAAGGUAACCAGUGAAGAUUUGAUUUUAAUGGAGAAUGUGCUGCCAGCUGAAUGUGGAGACCGAAUCCGACUGGAGAAGGUUUUGUUGGUUGGUGCCGAUGACUUCACGCUAAUUGGAAAGCCACUUCUGGGGUUGGCCGAGGCUACAGACUCCUGGUUGCCAGAUGGCAUGGUGCCACACUGCCUCUUUCUCCCAAAAAAGCCAUGUUGAAGUUCACCUGCCUCCUGUCAGGAGAGAUACUCCUGGGAGUGAUAUAAAGAUUGUCAUCAGUAAGCAUCUUGAUACUUACGGGAUGUCCCCUGCAUGGAUUAUAUUCAUUAUUUAGUAACAAUCACUUUCACACCAACUUGGAUAUAGGAAGUUAUUGUAUGAAUUCCUCUUCCUUAUUAGAAAAACCUAAUCUGGAAAUUCUGGCGCCACUGAAGUCAGUGGGAGUUUACCAUUCAAUUCAGGGGGGGCAGGAGUUCACCUCUGUGAUUGCAUAAGGCUAACAGCUGAGAAGUUUAAUAAACCGUUACUAUUUAUUAUUUAUAUUGCUCUAGCGCCAAGAGGCCUUGAUUCAAGAUUAGGGCCUCAUUUUGCACCGCACUGGACAGAUGCCUAUUGAGAGCGAGAGUCCCUUCCCUGAAAAGUUCAGUCUCUCAGACAUUCAGCCCUAAUGACUGAUUCAACAGAGGGCAAAAUUCACACUGUAGUCAGACACACAGCUUGGGUCAGAUAGCUUUGAAACUUGACUUGCAGACAGAAGUUGCUUCUUGACACCUGGGCAUGCUUAAGAAUAGCAUUUUGGAAGGUCUGCUUGUAUGUGUGUUGCUGUGGCUCAGUACACAUGUCUGUAGGACAGUGUGUAUCCAGCACCUAGAGAAGGGAGCUCCCUACUUGGGUUUGUAUAGAUAUUUCCCUAGUGUAAUACCUCUGGCUGAACACAAGUAAGGCCCAUGAGAGCUGGGACACCUGGCCCGCCAGUAACCAAAGGCUCAUUUCUGGACCAGCUUUCCCUGCACCACCACUCUAUUUUUCAUACUUCUGGUUGCUUGAAGCCCAUUACUGCACUACUAAAAAUCUUGACUACUAUUUGCUUAAAACAGCUCACAGAUUUUAGUGUUUGAAUCACUCUGUCCCCACUGAUCUUGCCUUCUGAGUGUCGAUUACGUCCAUGUGAUUCCACAGCACAGCUGCUAGUGUUAGUGACUGGACUUGCUUACGUGCACGGAGUCUAAUCCUGCAGUAGUGAGGCAAGCGGGAGUCUAGCUUUCCCAUUGGCUUCAGGCACACGGUCAGGCAGAAUAGCUCCCUAAUCAGAAGACAUUUUUCAUAAAAUACCCCUAUACCCUGCUUUUCUUUGCCUUUGCUGGUUUCUUUUCUAGCAUUGCUGUUCCGUGCACUUAGAGACCCUAACUGUGAUUGGGGUGUCAUUGUGCUAGCUGUGGAGUACAUCCUUUCUCUGGGUCAUGCUCUGCUCUGUAGCUCAUUUAGAUGUGGCCAGUAGCCAUAUAUAUUAAACUGUAUUUGUUCCCUGUGUCUGGCUGCAGAAUAUGCAGAUAGGCUGAUUUUUUGUGUGUGUUCCUCUAAGAAUUCAGUCUCUUAUAGAUAUUGUAUUCCCAAAGGGUAUAUGUUAAUACUGAUGGUGAAUGUUUCAAAGCCUUUGGCCCUUUCAUGAUCUUAUUGGAGAGUUGUUUUUUUCCUUACAUGCAGACUGAGUCAUUUGUCAGGAAAAUGUUCUUUACGUGUCCUCUGGCGAAGAAGGGAGCACAAUAAUGAGCUUUUAAUGUUGUUUGGGGUGUUAUGAAAAAGUGCGUCCUCCACCACUACCAUUCAUUACAACCAAAACUUCCCAAAGCACAGGACUGGGUUUCCUGUCCUAAAAUGAGGCUGAUUUGUUAUGAGAGAGAGGGACAGUUGCUCAGGCAGGUAGCUCAUUCUUCGGUGUGGAGCUUAAAUUGCCAUCCUUUCUGUCCGCCUCUCUAGGUGGCAGUUAAAGAUUCCAGGGCGCUCUUCCACAAGGGGAUACCUCAGUGGUCUUGACCAGUAGUUCUCCUCUCAGUAGCAUCCAGCAUCCAAGGAUGUGUGUGAGAGCUGUUGCUGAAUGGCGAAUUCCAUGUGUGUUUGCACGCUGAGUCACUGCCCUUUCAAGAGAGAAUGCCUUGCAUGCCAGCUCGUGUGAGAUGGGAGCUUUUGGAACCAUGCUGCCCUGAGUAUCUUUCACAGGGAAGGGAGGAUGGGAAAGAUUUUAUCACUGAGUGAUGCUGACUGUGGCAAUAGGUUACAGAAUCAAGAUUUUAAGGCCAUAUUCUUCCCUUAAUAAUCUCUUGGCAAGCCUCCCACAGGUGUCUGUGAGAGAUCCAUUCUGGAUCUAGGAGAGCAUGAAGUCCUGAAUUUAUAUCUGGACUUCUCCUCCAAAUAAGAUUGAAAUCCCAGGAGUAAAUAGACAAGGUAGACAAAGGGUGGGAGGAGAAAAAGAGGUGAAAUGACUCAUGCAAGGUCACACAACCAGACAGAGAGCAGUGUUCUAUUAGCUGCAUUAUUGGACACAGGAUCAAGUCCUGCUCCUCUUAUCAGGUGAACAGUCCAUUGUCUUCUCUAGGAAUAGAAUCAUAGAAGACUAGGGUUGGAAGAGACCUCAGGAGGUCAUCUAGUCCAACCCCCUGCUCAAAUCAGGACCAACUCAAUAUUCAGGUGAGUCACACUAGAGGAAUUUAACCUUCAGUCUAUAAAUCAAAAUGCCAGUGCUUGCUGUCUCUUUUGCUUUGUAGAAAGGGGAACAGCUUUGGUCUUGAUGAAGGAAGAGCUCUGUAGAAGAGUUGCAUCAUUUCAGGCAUUCACAGCACUGGGAAUUUGGGAUUGCCAGCUCUGAGUGUCGUUGCAGACUUCCACUGUUACUCUACCAGCAUUGGACAUUUCUAAUUCCCUCCCAGUGUGGCAGAGAAGUACUGCCCUGCAGACUAGUGUGACACUGACCCGUUAAGACUUGCAUAGUCAGUCCUGUGUUUCUUCAGUGCAAAGCCUGCAAGUGGGCACUGCUGAGAUGGAUUUACCCACUCAGCAGCUGGGGACCUUGCAGUUUCCACAGGACAGGGUUUUGUCAGAAAGGUGCAUUACUUUGUGGUAGUCUUCCAGGGAGUCUGCCCAUUGAUUAGAGAAGACCGUCAUUAGUUAUGCUGUGUUUCUUUCUUUCUUUCUUUUUUUUUUUCAUUUUUAAGGAAAGAUCUUGUCCGUGUGGAAGCCACAGUUAUCGAAAAAACAGAAUCUUGGCCAAGAAUUAACAUGAGAU